AUGUGGUUUAUUUGUGCGAAGUCUGCUUACCCAUAUCUUGCUGGUUCCCCAGAUGGCAUAUUUACUUGCCGUUGUUGUCCCCCAUCUACCAUUGAGAUAAAAUGCCCAUAUUCAGUUAGGGACAGUGAUAUUUUUGCAAAGGAUGUUCACAAGAAGGUUGAUUUUUUGGAACUAGGUGAGUUGGUGUUGAAAAGAUCACACAAAUACCAUUCACAGGUUCAAGGACAAAUGUGGAUAUGUAGUGUGCAACAAUGUUAUUCAUUGUGUGGACUCAGGUAAACAAACCUCUGUAUGAAAAAAUAUACUUUGAUCAGAUAUACUUCGAGACACUUGUAAAUAAUUUAACUAUAUUUUACAAAACAUAUGUUUUGCCAUAUUUAUUAUGUUUUAGGGAACUGCGAGAGUGUCCACAUUGUGAGAAAGUUAUCUUACAUGAAUCCAAAAUCAACAAUCCGGAACAGGAAUGCAACAUUUCUUGUUGCAGUUGCAACACAUGCUGGCAUCUCUCAUGUGCCCAGCUAACAAAAAGAACUGCCGACUUGUUCAGCUCAUGGACAUGCUUUAAUUGCCUUUCUGAUGCAUGUGGUUUGAAUGGUGACAACUUUGAUGAAGUUGAUACCAACAGCGAAAAGAGCAUCGAUGAUGAAAAAAGCAUUGAUGAUGUUGGUGCAAGUACCAGUGCUGCAUCAGAGAAAUCAGUCAUUCCUUUUAUUAAUAUUAAUGUUCUGUUUGUUUAG